UGAUAUGUAUGUUUCUGUACAGGAAAUAUAAUGGUCAUAUUGAAAACAAACCUCUAAUCAUUCCUAAAGACAUUGAUCAUCUGGAAACAAAGUCUAUUACUGAAAUAGAUGCAUUAGUGACUUGCAAACCUAAUUGGAAAACUUGGGAGAUGACGGCCUUGCACUGUUUUCCUGAAUAUCAGUGGCUGGUAGGCUUCACAGUUGCAGCUACAGUGGUAUAUGUGGUAACCGAAGCCUACUACAGCUGGAUGAAGCCCUCGCAAGAAAUGAAUAUCAGUGUUGUCUGGUGUCUGCUUGUUCUGGCUUUUGCAAUUCUGAUUGUGUGCUGGAUGGUCUACAGCCAAUUCAAGUAUGGUGAGCGGAAGAGGAUAGAGCAGUAUCUGACCAUGUUGUACUCGCAACGGGGAACACACCCAACAGUUGAACUCUGCUGCAUAUAAACUUCCUGACACCCCUGCUUAUGGUUUUAUUGUGGGUCAAGCCCAUUACCAAGGACUAUAUAAUGAAUCCACCAUUGGGAAAAGAGAAUGUGCCUUUACGCUGAUUCAUGAAUAUAGUGCUGGCCCUUCUUGUCUUGGUCAACCUGAAAUGUUAUCUAGAGCCAUAGGAAUUUGACUUUAGGGACGUUUAAGCAUAACAUUUUCUGGCAAUAAUCACUACUGUACUUAUUUUGCAUUAGUCCUGAGGGAUAUUACUGCAAUUCUCUAAUGAAUGAUUGUCUAGCUUUAACUUACUCCUGAACGCUGAGU